CGACUCGGAUUUUCGACAUCCACGAGUCACCGUCACGAUGGGUAUCGAUCUGCGGAAGCACCACGAGCGGGCCACGCACCGCAAGGCCCCCAAGAGCGACAACGUCUACCUCAAGCUCUUGGUGAAGCUCUACCGCUUCCUGGCCCGCCGCACCGAUGCCCCCUUUAACAAGGUGGUCCUGCGCCGCCUGUUCAUGAGCCGCAUCAACCGCCCCCCGAUCUCGCUGUCUCGCAUCGCGAAGAACCUCAAGAACGGCAACGAGAAGAAGACCGUCGUCGUCGUCGGCACCGUCACCGACGACAACCGCCUCCUGACCGUCCCCAAGAUGACGGUCGCCGCUCUCCGCGUCACUGCCACCGCCCGUGCCCGCAUCAUCGCGGCCGGCGGCCAGGUCCAGACUCUCGACCAGCUCGCGCUCGAGAAGCCCACGGGUGCCAACACCCUGCUGCUCCGCGGCCCCAAGAACGCCCGCGAGGCUGUCAAGCACUUCGGCUUCGGUCCCCACAAGCACAAGAAGCCGUACGUCCGCUCCAAGGGCCGCAAGUUCGAGCGCGCCCGUGGCCGCAGAAGGUCGCGUGGCUUCAAGGUCUAAAGCGGUGGUUAGCAAUACCCUUCGGAGUUCGGGGCGUGGCGUGGGGUUCUUGGUCGUCGCAAUGGCAAUAUGGUUACGGGGCGCGUGGUUUCCGGGGCUUGCCAUGCAUGUACUGCUGUUUGCCAAGGACAGCAUAUGGGACACAAAAGUCUUUUCUUUAUGACGGGCAUGAGGAAUUGACUGGCUGGCAUUUUGCUGAUGCCACGGCUAUGAAUGACACUGCCAUUGAGCCCUGCGGCGACUAUCCAUGUGUGUGCCUCUCUAUAGGUGUUGUACAGACGUGAUGCACAGUCUAUGCCCAGCAUAAAUGGUAUGAUACAUGUCCCCUCUGU